UUAAAUAUAUCCCUGAUAACAUGACAAUUAAGUUAAGUUUUAAUAUUGAUGGCCUACCUUUAGCAAAGAGCUCAAAAACUCAAUUUUGGCCUAUUUUAUUAUCAUUUACUAAUAUACCUAUUUUUGUAAAGAAAAUAUUUCCUGUUGGUAUUUAUCAUAGUUAUAAAAGCAAACCAGGAAAUGUGAAUGAAUAUUUUAGACCAUUUAUAAACGAGCUACAAAAUUUAUUAACUUGUGGUAUGAAAAUUGAAAAUAAACAAAUAAACUUUGAAAUUGUUCAUAUUGUGGCUGAUGCGCCAGCAAAAUCAUUCCUAUUAAAUGUUAAGAACCAUAAUGGGUAUUUUUCUUGUAACUCUUGUGAAGUAGAAGGAGAUUACAUUGAUAAAAGAGUAUGUUUUUUAGAUAUGUCUGCUCCGUCACGUAGUAAUGAUUCAUUUAGAUCUAAAUCCAAUCCUGAAUAUCACAAAGAUGGUGUAAGUCCUUUAUUAGAACUUCCUAUAGAUGUGACGAGCACCGUUGUUCUGGAUUAUAUGCAUUGUGUUUGCCAAGGGGUAAUGAAACGCCUUCUUGAAUUUUGGAUACGGGGGAAAAAACCUGUUAGAAUUGUAGAAGAAAAAAAAUCUAAUAUUUCUUUAUCUUUGUUCAAUUUAAGAAAGUCAGUACCAUCUGAAUUUGCUCGCCUGCCAAGAUCCCUUGAUGAUCUUGAGUAUUGGAAGGCUACUGAAUUUCGAGAAAUUCUUCUAUAUACGGGGGUUAUUGUAUUGAGAUCAAACUUAAAAAAAGAAUUUUAUGAACACUUUCUACUUUUAGUUGUAUCCAUUCGAAUAUUAAUCUCAAAUCAUAUUAGUAAUGAAAAUAAUAAUUUAGUAUUAAACCUUUUACGACAAUUUGUUGAAAACUAUUCAUCGCAUUAUGGUCCUCAAUUUAUCAACUAUAAUGUGCACAGUUUAAUCCACUUACCAUUUUUUGCUCAUUUGCAUGGAUCUUUAGAUAAUUAUAGUUCAUUUAAAUAUGAAAACUAUCUUCAGAUUCUAAAAAAAUCUAUGAAGUGUUGUAGAUACCCUCUUUCAGAAAUUCAAAAUAAAAUAACUGCAUCUGAAGGAGAAGAACUGAUAGCAGUUUCGACUUAUGAUGAGGAUAGUUUAAUAAAAUCUUUUAGGAUAAAUGAAAAUAUUUCAAAUUUUGGGACCAUUUAUUAUAAUCAAAUUACUUUAAAUUCCAAUAAUUAUAUUCUUAGCUGUAGUAAUACAAAAUAUCAGUGUAUUAUUUUAGAUGAUGGUAGUAUUGCAGUAAUAAAAAAUAUUUAUAAGACAAAUUCAAAAAUUGAUAACACUAUUAAAUUAUCUGUUGUAAAAGUGUUAACCAUUAAUGAUUUAUUUAUAAAACCAGUGCUCAGUAGACAUGUUGGAAUUUAUUUAAUUAAUACUAAUAAUUUAUCAAGUCCUUAUGAUAUUGUUUUAAAUACUGUAAAGUAUAAAUGUUUUUUUUCUCAGCUUGUUAAUAAUCAAGCUGUUGUGAUUUCAUUAUGUCAUAAUGUUUGAAAUAGUUUGUAGUUGUACAAUGUAUAUUUUUCAAUUUUCAAAUAUUUACCUGUAUAUUAAUAUUAAAAUAUAUUGUAUG